GCUUGACGUCACCGAGGCGCCCUGGCUCUCAUGAGCCGCUAGUACUGCUGGCAAAAAGAUGGGAAAAUCAGAUAGCCGUUCAUCGAAAAAUUAACGUUAAAUGCCAGUCGUUGCCGCACAUGUCUGGAUGUUAGAAGACUGAGCUCUUGCAGGGUUGAGCUCCACCAGACAACUAUAAAGGUUGGUGUUAAUAUUUUUAUCUCUGGGUAAGUCUGGUCACAUCAUCCCCAAAGUGGAGUGGAAGAGACUUUUUUUAAUAUCAUGAAUACGGCGUCCAGCAUCUGCAGUUGAAGCAGUGUCAACAGCAUCACUCGACUGUUGCAGCGUCACGAAGUCUGAGAAGAUUCAUUCUCAUCUAUUCGUUUGUUGGCUCCUUUUCUAGUUUGCAUAAGAUGUAUGGUAGUGCCCGCUCUAUUGGCAGAGGGGAUGCCAAAAACGGUGCAGGAAGAGACGGAGGCGGUGGUAGUUAUCAGGGAUCCGGCCGUUCACCGCGCCUCCCUCGAUCUCCUAGAAUGGGACACCGACGCACCAACAGCACCGGCGGCAGCGGCGGAGGUCCUGGAGGAGCAGGAGGGAAAACUCUCUCCAUGGAAAACAUCCAGUCCCUUAAUGCUGCGUAUGCCACCUCGGGACCAAUGUACCUGAGUGAUAAUGAGGUUGCCAUGGCAGGCGAUCACGUACCCAAAAGUGGCGUGACAGUGACCGCCACAGGGCGGCAAAGGGUGACGUACGGAUCACGAGGUAGCAGCGGUGGAGUCGUAGCUGCUAGCACACCCAAUAUCUCCACCACAGUGCCUGCUAAUGCAGUGCUGCCAGCAGGUAUGAUGGGAGGGGAUGCACUGGCUUUUGGGGAGCACCACAUGGCUUCCACAGUUCCCCACUCUCUAAGGCAGGCCAGAGACAACACCAUACUCGACCUGCAAGCUCAACUUAAAGAGGUACUGCGUGAGAACGAGAUGUUGAGGAGAGAAGUGGAAGUGAAGGAGAGCAAACUGAGUUCCUCCAUGAAUUCUAUCAAAACCUUCUGGAGCCCGGAGCUCAAAAAGGAGCGAGCCCUUAGGAAGGACGAAGCUUCCAAGAUCUCCGUUUGGAAGGAGCAGUAUCGUGUUAUUCAGGACGAAGCACAGCAUCUCCAGAUGACUGUUCAAGCUCUUCAGGAUGAGCUGAGGAUCCAGAGGGACCUGAACCAGCUGUUCCAGCAAGACCCUGCCACUCAAGGAAGGGAGCUGGCCCUGACAUCUGAACCUACGGAAGAGAACUUCCGGAGACUACAUGCUGAGCAUGAGAGGCAGGCCAAAGAGCUCUUCCUUCUUAGGAAGACGCUGGAGGAGAUGGAGCUGAGGAUUGACACACAGAAACAAACCUUAGUGGCCAGAGACGAGUCCAUCAAAAAGCUUCUGGAGAUGCUGCAGAGCAAAGCACCAUCUGCCAAAGCGUCAGAGGAAGACCAGGAGAGGACCAGGAGGCUGGCUGAUGCAGAAAUGCACAGGCAUCACCUGGAGAGUUUACUGGACCAGAGAGAUCGAGAGAUUACUGCACUCAGAGAGAUCCAGCAGGAGCUUCAUCGUCGAUACGAAGGAACUCCAGAGUCCACCAAAACAAAGGCUUUACAGACUGUUAUCGACAUGAAGGAUGCAAAAAUCAAUUCCAUGGAUCGUAGCCUGAGGGACAUGGAGGAAGAACUGCUAAUGCUGAAAUCCAACGGACUCUUGAGCUGCGAGGAGCGCCAGGAGGAAAUGAAGCAAAUGGAGGUGUACCGCAGUCACACCAAGUUCAUGAAAAACAAGAUGGAGCAGGUGAAGCAGGACCUUUCCAGGAAGGAUACCGAGCUGCUUGGUUUGCAGACUAAACUGGAGACCUUAACCAACCAGUUCUCAGACAGCAAACAGCACAUUGAAGUCCUCAAGGAGUCUCUCACUGCCAAGGAGCAGCGCGCUGCCAUCUUACAGACAGAAGUUGAUGCCUUACGUCUGCGCUUGGAAGAGAAGGAGGCAACGUUGAAUAAGAAGAGCAAGCAGAUCCAAGAAAUGUCAGAGGAGAAGGGAACCCUGAAUGGAGAAAUCCACGACCUGAAGGACAUGCUGGACGUUAAGGAGCGCAAAAUUAAUGUGCUGCAGAAGAAGAUUGAGAACCUGCAGGAGCAACUGAGGGACAAAGAGAAGCAGAUGAGCAGCUUAAAGGAGAGAGUGAAGUCCCUGCAGGCGGACACAUCAAACACUGACACUGCUCUCACAACACUGGAGGAGUCGCUGGCAGAAAAGGAGCGAAUCAUUGAGCGUCUGAAGGAGCAGCGAGACCGAGAUGACCGGGAGAAGACUGAGGAGCUCGACUGCUCCAAGAAGGAGCUGAAAGAGCUGAAGGAGAAGCUGAGCUUGGUGCAGGGAGACCUGUCAGACCGAGAGACCUCUUUGUUGGACCUGAAGGAGCAUGCGUCAUCCCUAGCCUCUUCAGGGCUGAAGAAAGAUACCAAACUCAAGAGUUUUGAAAUAGCCUUAGAGCAGAAGAAGGAGGAGUGCCUCAAACUGGAGAACCAACUAAAGAGAGCUCAAAAUGCAACACUGGAAGCUCAAGCCAACACAGAGCUGGCUGAGCGCAUUAGGAACCUGGAGCAGGAAGUGGCCCGUCACAGAGAGGAUUCUGGGAAGGCUCAGGCUGAGGUGGACCGCCUCCUCGAGAUACUUCGGGAAAUGGAGAAUGAGAAGAAUGACAAGGACAAGAAGAUCAGUGAACUGGAGAGUUUGGCCUCCAGGCAAAUGAAGGACCAGUCUAAAAAGGUGGCCUCUCUGAAGCACAAGGAGCAGGUGGAGAAGAGCAGGAAUGCUCGAUUGAUGGAGGAGGCCAGGAAGAGGGAGGACAACCUGUCCGAAACGUCCCAGCAGGUGAAGGACACUCUGCGUCAGAGAUCAGAGCGCAUUGAGGAGCUGGAGGAGGCUCUGAGGGAGAGCGUUCAAAUCACUGCUGAGCGAGAGAUGGUGCUGGCACAGGAAGAGGCUGCUCGAUCGCUGCAGGAGAAACAGAUGGAGGAGCUGCUGGGUGCCAUGGAGAAGGUGAAGCAGGAGCUGGAGUCUAUGAGGGCCAAGCUGGCAUCUACCCAACAGUCUCUGUGUGAGAAGGAGGCCCACCUCACAACUCUGCGAGCUGAGCGCAGGAAACACCUGGAGGAGGUUCUGGAGAUGAAGCAGGAGGCGCUUUUGGCCGCCAUCAGUGAGAAGGAUGCUAACAUCGCGCUGCUGGAGUUGUCAUCCUCCAAGAAGAAGAAGACCCAGGACGAGGUGGCUCAGCUGAAGCGGGAGAAGGACAGACUGGUGCAGCAGCUCAAGCAGCAGACUCAGAACAGAAUGAAGCUGAUGGCCGACAACUAUGAAGAUGAUCAUUUGAAGGCUGCACACGACCACACAAAUCACAAACCCUCUCCAGAUCAGAUGAUACCCCCUCUUCUUGCCCUGUCCCAGAACCGCAGUAAGCUCAAACUCUACAUCGCCCACCUGACAGACCUCUGCCACGACCGAGACCCCAGCAUCCUCAGCCAGCUCACGCCUCCCUCUCACUACCACCACAGCGACCCUGAAGACUGGGAGGAGGAGCUUCAGAAAAUGAGUGUCGAACAGUUGGAACGGGAGUUGGAGGUGUGUGAGAAGGAGAGCGGGGAGCUGCAGGAGUAUGCCAAUUCAGUUCUCCAGCAAAUCGCAGACUACUGCCCUGAUAUCCUGGAACAGGUCGUCAAUGCCCUGGAGGAGUCAUGUUGACAAAUGUGACCUUGGACUUAAGCAAGCACAGCCCAGGAACCCCCCUACUUCCAUUCAAGGAGAAGAGAGAUAGCUGGGGCGUUAUCUUGUCCACCCUGCAACAUAUUUCCAAGAAACAGAAGUGUUUUUCUGUCUCUUAUGUCACUGUAAAGUCAGGCUGGCAGCAUUAAAAAAAGGAAAACCAUAAAGCAACACAUUAAAGAAAUAUUCUGUUUAGUGCAAAUGAGGGAGGAGACCUAAAGCACACACCUGAUCUUGUCAGGCACACACACUGGACUGACCUUAUUUUUUAGCUUCUCACAGAUGCAUUGGGAGAGAUGUUUGAGAUGAAAGAAGAAAGACUCACAAAGCCUUACGCAGGACACAAACUGACCCUCAUAUGAGGCACUUUUGUCUGGCUGUUACCUCUUUUAUUCAUCUCUCAAACCUUUCAUGCUAAAAGGGAUUCGUUUAUCCCAUCCUGGCGACAGAAAAGCACUUUUUGCAGUGGUAUGUCUGGGGGAGCUGCUACAUCCAAAGGGGUUCAGAGGUGAAACACGGAGCCAUGUAGAUUUUUCAGUCUAGUGUUACCUAACGUAACGCCACCUAAACGCCACUUUUCACCCAGCUGAGCACAGCACGCUCCUGAAGCGUUACUGUCGGUACGUUGUUGCGUCGUCAGUGGCUGGGUCAUUGGCAUUAGAGGGGGAUCAAGGUUCAACCUUUCACAGAUGGUCUGAGUUUAGUUACUUUGUUCUCAACAGAGGAGAGGAGUUGAGGGAAAAAAGCUUUUAUUGACGUAUUAAUUUCUCAAUGGUUUUGCACACAGCGUCCACUUGUUUAUGAGGUAUGCAAUGUUUCUUUUUUGAGAAUGUUCUCGUGGCCUUGGGGCAUGCACAGAAAUCACUACAGGACCUAAAUGCAGAGGUGUUCACGCCUCUGUAAUACUGGUGCUAUGGCAUGAUGUAAGAACUGAUCCUCAUCCAAAGUUUCUAAAGGAGUUCCUUAAAGCCCACAUACUGGUACCCUUUUUUUCUAUGCUCAGAUGCCUCUGUUGGUGUUUUUUGUUUUAAUAUUCAGGGCUGAGUUUUUUAAUUACUAAGUGCAUUGAUUGACAUUUACAAAGGAAAUGAAAGUCACUUUUCAAGCAGAUUUUGACUUUUUAGAUCAGUUUGUAAAUAACGUGACAUUUAACACGUACAGUAACUGAAUAAAAGUUAUGUGGAAGGUGUUGUGCAUUCUUAAAAGAUAAAAAAAUAAUCUGAAAAGUUCAAAGCAGUGCAGUUGUCUUGUGUCCUAAUUUUGUCUCCUGGGACAAAUGUAAGUGUGACAGUGCUGCCAUAAAUUGCAGAAAGUCUAUGUUCUAUAGAAAAAUAUAUAUAAAUAAGAUAUAUGAAAAGUUUACCGUAUCAAUAUGCAUUGAAUGUUUGCACAGAUUCUCCAAGAGCAGGUUGCUCCAAAUAAAAACAAGUGUUCUCAGCAGAAACUGAAGAAAGAUUUGUUUAAAAAAGUGUCAAAAUAUAAUGUGGGAACUACAGAUGUUUCAAACCAUGUGAUGGGAGAGUAUUUCUCUUGAGUUUAUUACUAAUUGUCUUAUUUCAGAUAAAUAUUCUCGCCAAAUGGUGGAGCUUUCCUGAAAUGCCCAUGUCGUCUUUUCUUAUGUCAAUGGUUUUUGUUGCUGAUGGAUAAAAGCGAGUCUUCAGCUAUCGUAGCCCGCCUGCUAUAAAUGAUUACAUUCAGUGGGCAUCAGAGUGAGAACCAAAGACACAGCUGGAGUUCAGAAAUGAUAGUUGGACACUUGUUUUCCUGUCAGACUGAACAAAGGUGUGUUUCUUGCCCUUUAGCUUCCCACAGCUGAAUUCAAAGAUCGUUCUCGCAGUGUUUGAUUCUCCUUUACUUUGGCCCGCUUCCUUUGCCCUGCCUUAAGAUAUCGUUUCUUUCUCCUUCAGCGUUUUUAAACUGGGAACACAGAGCCAACCAAGGCGCUUUUGUUAAGUUUGAUGUAAGCUUUUGCAUUUGUAAAAACGAGAAACAAAAAUGUACUGCUGUCUGUUCAUGUCAAGAAUCAAAUGGUUUUCAAAAAAGACAUGUUAGUAACAUGGAUUUUCUAUGUAUGAAAAAUAAUAAAUUAUGAGCCUCG